AUGUUUAAAAAGGCCGUCGAUGUCCAUCCCGGAGGGACGACCUCCAAGCCGCUUCAGUCCAAUCUCCUUCGUGCGAAUACCUCAAUUUCUUCCAACAAGCCGUCCUUGCCGCCUCAAUCGGUGGGUAUCAAACGAAAAAUCGAAAUGACCAACGGUGGGGAGUCGUCGCUUGGCUCCCUCCACAGCACCGUAUAUUUUGAUGAGAACGAUUUCGACGAUGACAUAGAUCUUGAUGAUAUCGAUGAACCCAUCCCAUUUAUUGCACCAAAGCCAGCCAAUGCGAAAGCAGAACCAGUCACUUAUCCCAUUAUUGACUUGACAUCAUCAAACAACAAUAGACCGCCGACAGAUGUUAAAUAUCCCGAUCUGCCAGCUAUCUCUCAAGAUCAUGCUCCUCCAUCUAGUAGCAUCCAGAUUCCAUGGUCUUCCUCGCCCCCGUCGCACUUUCAGCCGCCCCCUAAGCCUCGGAGCUUGCCGUGGCUUAAGGAGUCCAAGGACGAACCACGCGAAGAUACCAAGAAAAGCUUCAUCACCCCUAAACGCUCGAAGCCUACACCACUUUGGAAUAAGAGUGCGAGCGCUAUCAAAGAAGAGCAGAAGGAACUUAGGCGGGAAUCCAAGAAGACAUCAAAGGAAGCCAUGCAAGGAGCAGUGUACCCGCAAUCGUCAGGCAACAAGCCACCAGUGAUAGCCCUCAGUGAUGAGCAAAAAGCUGUUCUUGACUCUGUUGUCGACCGCGGGAAGAGCAUUUUCUUCACUGGUUCGGCCGGUACUGGUAAAUCGGUUCUCAUGAGAGAAAUCAUUAAAAAAUUGCGCAUUAAGUACAAACGAGAGCCGGAUCGAGUGGCAGUGACGGCGUCAACAGGCUUAGCCGCUUGUAAUAUUGAAGGUGUCACUCUUCACAGUUUUGCUGGCAUCGGAUUGGGUAAAGAAGCAGUGCCAGAGUUGGUUAAAAAAAUCAAGAAGAAUCAGAAGGCCCGAAAUCGUUGGCUGCGCACUAAGGUUCUUGUCGUUGACGAAGUGUCAAUGGUUGAUGGGGAUCUUUUCGAUAAAUUGGAAGAAAUUGCUCGGCGCAUCCGGAACAAUGGUCGUCCAUUCGGAGGAAUUCAGCUUGUCGUCACUGGUGACUUCUUUCAGCUGCCCCCUGUGCCAGAAGGAGGCAGGGAAGCGAAGUUUGCUUUUUCUGCAGCCACCUGGAAUACUACAAUCCAACACACCAUUCUCUUGACCCAUGUCUUCCGUCAGCGUGACCCCGAAUUUGCAGCAAUGUUGAAUGAGAUGCGACUGGGACAAAUUAGUCCGUCGACUAUUGAAGCUUUCCGAAAGCUCUCCCGGCCAUUGAAUUUCCACGAUGAGCUGGAUGCCACUGAAUUAUUCCCUACCCGGAAUGAGGUCGAAAAUGCUAAUUCUGCUCGAAUGUCCCGGCUUUCUGGUGAAAUGAUGACGUUUAAAGCUGUCGAUAGCGGAACGAUCACAGAUCAGCAGUACCGUGAGAAGUUGUUAUCGAAUUGCAUGGCUCCGCCGCUUAUAAAUCUAAAGAAGGGUGCGCAAGUCAUGCUGAUCAAAAACAUGGAAGACACGCUGGUGAAUGGUUCCAUUGGUCGGGUAGUAGCAUUCAUGGAUGAGGCAAAAUUCGAUUGGUAUCGUACCAAUGAGGGCGAAGUACAAGCAAAUGAAGACGGCGAGAUGAGUGACGAAGACAGCGUAUCUCGGGCUCGACAGAAGCUCAAAGCCAUGGUUCACAAAGAAGACGGAGCUCCAGGAGGGAGGAAAUGGCCCCUUGUGUGCUUCGUCCAACCGGACGGCACAGAAAGACAUCUACUGUGUCAACCAGAAGCGUGGAAGAUUGAGCUUCCCAAUGGGGAGAUUCAAGCCCAAAGACAACAGGUUCCCUUGAUUCUGGCAUGGGCCCUGUCCAUUCACAAGGCUCAAGGCCAAACCUUACAACGAGUGAAAGUCGACCUAGGUCGGGUAUUUGAGAAGGGCCAAGCCUACGUGGCUCUUAGUCGAGCAACUUCCCAGGAAGGAUUACAAGUCAGUCGUUUUGAACCUCGGAAGGUAAUGGUGCAUCACAAAGUUAUAGAUUUUUACAAAAAACUUGUAUCUAUCGACGAUGUACUGGGGCCGAGAAAGAAGGCCAAGGUUUCCAAUCCUUCGAAGCCAGCGGACGAUUUUGAAGAUGACUGCUUUGAUGCUAUAUAA